AUGACGUUGACUAACUCUGCUCAGUAUCUGGUGAACCUUGCAAAGAAUGUUGAUAAAUCCAAUAUUUACUAUACGACUGGGGCGAAAUCUAUUUAUUCCAAAGGUUCCAAGGUUCUUGCAGCUACAGAGGGAGCUAUUCAACUGCUGAACAAUCAAGAUCCCUUUGCUACCAUUUCUGAUAAUUUAUCUCAAGAAGUUCUUUCAACCGUGUUUACGGAUGAAUCGACUCUUUUAAGUGCCCUUCCUCAUCUAUACGCCUUGAAAUCCCAUCCAAUAGUUAUCAAUGUUGAUCUACGGCUGCAAGAUUACUCUAUUAUUCCAGCUUUGAAAGAUCUCGGCUACGUGACGCUGAUUUCCAACAAUGCGUCAGACGUUGUAGAAUUGGGCGCAAAAGCGACACGUAUUGCUUGUCAGAUGUUAGAACCGGUCUUUCAUUUCAUUUCCUCUUUGGAGAUCACUAUACCACAAGCUACAGAAUCUCAGGAGAACUCUGUGGCUGAAGAAAGAGUUUUUGAACUUUCGGAUGUGACCGCAUUAGGAAAUUCCUCUUACACUUCUGGAUCUGCAAAACCAACAGCUUUAAUUGUUAAUCUCUCACCUUACGGCGGAGAGUUUUCUAAGAAUUUACCAUCUAAUGCCGCACUCCUCGAAAUUAAUGUCUACAGACCGUUUGACAUAAGUCAACUACUUGAGUCUGUUCCUACUUCAAUUAAGAGGAUUGUGAUUGUUCAAAGAACUAAUGCCAAAUCUAUAUCUGGGGGAUUUGAACCAAUUGUUUUGGAUUUUUUUGCUGAUUUCAACAGACUUGUGGAGCGUGGUAUCGAGCAGGUUAUCGUAUCUAAUGUCGGAGAGCUCAGUAAUGUAUCUGAAGCGCUUCAGCAAAUUUUGUCCAAUGUCAAUAGCGAAAAGCCAGAUCUUUCUCUUUUCUUAGGUUCGUUUUCGAAUAACGAAAGUGUCAGCGAGCUGACUUCUGCCAUCAGAAAUGUUAUAUCAUUAGAAGACGCCUAUUUAAAGGUUUUGAAGCAGCUGUUUUCUUCCAACUUACAAGUACUAAAUCAAUACCAAGAAGCGGACGUAAAUGCCACAUCUCCAGCGUACGGAUUCGGUUACUUCUUGAAGCAAAAUCAAGCAAGGGAAGAACUAAUUUCACUUGUUCGCAAGUCUUUAGACACUUCUCUUUUCUUGACCUCUGAAGCAUGCCAAAUAGUGAAGCUUUUGUCGGAGUGGUUGUCUUUCAACGACCAGAACUUGGAUGAUAAAUCCUUGGAAAAGGCGAAUGCAGUUGCUGCCGAAGUUUAUGCUUUGUUAGAGCAGACCACUGAUUCGAAGGCCGCUUUAGAUAUUUUGGAAAAGGCUCCCUCCGUUGAUCACUUCCUAUUCAAGUCAACUUGGUUAAUUGGUUCGGAUGCAUGGUCAUAUGAUUUGGGCAAUUCAGGAGUGCAUCAUGUUUUGGCUUCAAAAAAGAAUGUCAAUAUUUUGAUCAUUGACUCCGAACCUCAGGAGAAGGUCAAGAACUCACUAUCAAAGACUCGGAAAAAGGAUGUCGGUUUGUAUGCUAUGAAUUUUGGCGAUGUUUACGUCGCAUCAGUUGCAGUUUACUCUUCGUACACUCAACUGCUGACUUCCUUACUUGAAGCUUCUGCAUUUAAGGGUCCCUCUAUUGUUUUGGCCUAUUUGCCCUAUGGCUCAGAAAAUGAUACCCCACUAGAAGUCUUAAAGGAAACCAAAAAUGCAGUGGAGUCUGGAUAUUGGCCAUUGUACAGAUAUAAACCUGAUGAAGAAAAAUCAGAGGACUCCUUCAAAUUAGAGUCUUCUGUUAUUAGGAAGCAAUUGCAAGACUUUUUGAACAAGGAAAACAAAUUGUCCCUACUCUCAAAGCGUAGCCCAGAACUUGCAAGAAAUUUGAAAUUCUCUGCUAGUGAUAAGUUGGCUGCCAAACAAGAAAGAAGAGCAAAGGCUGCCUACGACCAGCUUUUGGAAGGAUUAUCAGGUCCUCCUCUACACAUUUACUUCGCAUCUGAUGGUGGAAAUGCAGCCACCCUUGCCAAGAGACUGGGAACAAGAGCUUCUGCCCGUGGUCUAAAGCCAACUGUUCUAUCCAUGGAGGAUGUCGAUCUGGAAGAAUUGCCAAGUGAGGAAAAUGUCAUUUUUAUUACAUCGACAGCUGGGCAAGGUGAGUUUCCUCAAGAUGGUAAGAACUUUUGGGAUGCUUUAAAGUCCUCUAACGAUCUUGAUCUUGCAAGCGUGAACUUCGCUGUGUUUGGUCUGGGUGACUCUCUCUACUGGCCACGUGCAGAAGAUGCCCAUUAUUACAACAAGCCUUCGAAGGAUUUAUUCAAGAGAUUGGAGCUUUUGUCUGGUAAACCAUUAAUUGAUUUAGGUUUGGGUGAUGACCAGGAUGCGGACGGUUUUCAAACGGGGUACACCUCGUGGGAAGCACAGCUUUGGGAAGUUUUAGGAGUUUCAGGAGCAUCUGUGCCUGAUGAACCUAAACCUAUCACUAAUGAAGACAUUAAAAUUGCUUCUAAUUUCUUGAGGGGUACAAUAGUCGAGGGCUUAGCGGAUGAAUCGACUGGUGCCAUAUCGGCUUCUGACCAACAGUUGACUAAAUUCCAUGGUAUCUACAUGCAAGAUGACCGUGAUAUUAGAGAAACUAGGAAGGCGCAGGGUUUGGAGCCUUAUUAUAUUUUCAUGAGCAGAAUCAGAUUGCCAGGUGGAAAAUCUACUCCUGAACAGUGGUUGAUUUUAGAUGAACUAGCUGAUACGACCGGAAACGGCACUAUCAAGCUCACAACAAGAGCAACAUUUCAGCUUCACGGUGUCGUGAAAAGAAACUUGAAACAUACUAUUAGAGCUAUGAACUCGACUUUGAUGGAUACUCUAGCUGCCUGUGGUGAUGUCAACAGAAAUGUCAUGAUAUCUGCUCUUCCAGCCAAUGCAAAAGUUCAUCAGCAAGUUUCGGAGGUUGGUGCUAAAAUUUCAGAGCAUUUGUUACCUCAGACAACCGCUUAUCAUGAAAUUUGGUUAGAAGGGCCUGAUGAAAGGGACAAUGACCCAUCAUGGCCCUCCAUUUUUGAGUUUAGAAAAGAAGGUCCUACCAAGAAGAAAACUCUCGUAAGCGGUAACGCUUUGGUAGAUGUUGAACCAUUAUAUGGGCCCACUUAUCUACCAAGAAAGUUUAAGGUCAAUAUUGCAAUCCCACCAUUCAAUGAUGUGGACGUCUGGUCUAGUGACGUUGGAUUGAUUGCCAUCGUUAACGAAUCCACUGAGGUAGUUGAGGGAUUCAACCUAUAUGUAGGUGGUGGUAUGGGUACAACUCAUAAUAAUAAAAAGACCUAUCCUAGAACUGGUUCGUCGUUUGGAUUUGUUUCCUCGGAAGAUGUUCAUAUUGCGAUUGAAAAGGUAAUGAUUGUUCAAAGAGACAAUGGUGAUCGUCAAAAUCGUAAGCAUGCUCGUUUAAAGUACACCAUCGACGACAUGGGCGUUGAAGACUACAAGCAAAAGGUUGAACAACUCUGGGGUAAAAAAUUUGCUCCUGAGAGGCCUUAUGAAAUUAAGUCAAAUAUUGAUUAUUUCGGAUGGGUCAAGGACGAAAGGGGCCUGAAUCAUUACACUGCUUUUAUCGAAAAUGGUAGAAUUGAAGACACCCCGGAUCUACCUCAGAAGACAGGUCUAAAAAAGAUUGCCCAAUACAUGCAAGAAACAAAAUCUGGCCACUUCAGGCUUACUGGUAAUCAGCAUGUGUUGAUUGAUGAUAUCGAAGAUCAACAUCUCGAUAAAAUCAAGAGUUUGAUGAAGCAGUACAGAUUAGAUAACAUCGACUUUAGUGGCUUGAGACUAUCUUCUGCUGCUUGUGUCGCUCUCCCUACUUGUGGUUUGGCAAUGGCAGAAUCUGAGCGUUAUCUACCAGUAUUGAUCUCGAAACUUGAAGAUGCUUUAGAGGAAUAUGGUCUACGUCAUGAUUCAAUUGUCAUGAGAAUGACUGGUUGUCCAAAUGGUUGUGCACGUCCUUGGCUUGCUGAAGUCGCCUGCGUUGGUAAGGCACCUGGAACCUAUAAUCUAAUGCUUGGUGGUGGUUACCAUGGUCAAAGACUGAACAAACUUUAUAGAGCUUCUAUCAAGGAAGAUGAGAUUCUAGGAAUCUUAAAGCCAUUGUUCAAGAGAUGGUCCCUGGAAAGAAAUGAUGGCGAACACUUCGGUGAUUUCUUAAUUAGAGUUGGAGUUAUAAAGCCUACCUUAGAAGGUAAAUACUUCCACGAUGACAUUGCCGAAGAUGCCCUAUAA